AUGUCGCCGCCUUGUUAUCCGUCGCCUCCGCCACCCGUAAUGGAUGAUGCGAGAGUGAUGUCCGAGUUUGUUAUACCAGUACCCGAUGCGAAAAAGAUGUCCGAAGAAGCAGUUAUGCCGCUGCCUUGUUAUAAGUCACCGCCGCCACCAAUGAUGCAGCAGAAUUGA